CUGCAGCAGGCGCGCUCAGAGAGCCAGCUGGGCAGCGUCGGGGCCGGCCCCAGCCCCAGCCCGGCUCCCAGCCCCGGCCCCCGUCCGCACGGCCCCCGAUCGUCCCGACCGCGGAUCCCGGACCCCGGGCCGGCUCUGCUGCAGCGAGAACCCCCACAGCUCACGCCAUGAAGGAGGAGAACUUUCUCCGGCGCAGGUUUUCCCUCUGUCCACCUUCCUCCACCCCCCAGAAAAUUGACCCUCGGAAACUGACUAGGAACCUCUUCUUCAGUGGAGACCAUGAAAUCUACCCGCUUAGUCCAGGGAAGGACAUGGAAAGCACCAAUGGUGUGCCCCUGUUGAAGGAUGAAGUGCCUCCGACGCCAGUGUCCGUGACCAGAACCCUGCAGAACAAUGACUACCGGCUCUGCAAUGGGUCUGACCGAGAGUCCUUGUCCCCAACAGCCAAAGUCACCAAGAAGGAAACUCUCAAGGUCCAGAAGAGGAAUUACCGCCAGGAGAAGAAGCGGGCCACCCAGCAGCUCUUCAGCGCCCUCAAGGACCCCAGCGUGGUCAUCAUGGCCGACUGGCUGAAGAUCCGGGGGACCCUGAAGGGCUGGACCAAGCUCUGGUGCAUCCUGAAGCCGGGCGUGCUGCUGGUUUACAAGACGCCCAAGGUGGGCCAGUGGGUGGGCACCAUCCUGCUGCACUCGUGCGAGCUCAUCGAGCGGCCCUCCAAGAAGGACGGCUUCUGCUUCAAGCUCUUCCACCCCCUGGACCAGUCCAUCUGGGCCAUGAAGGGUCCCAAAGGCGAGAACGUGGGCUCCAUCACCCAGCCGCUCCCUAGCAGUUACCUCAUCUUCAGGGCGCCCUCUGAGUCCGACGGCCGCUGCUGGCUGGACGCCCUGGAGCUGGCCCUGCGCUGCUCCAGCCUCUUCCGGCUCAGCACCUCCAAGCCGGGGAAGGACGGGGAGCUGACCAGCCAGCCGGACUCCUCCCCGGUGCCCCUGGACGGGCUGCUGCACGCUGGGACCAUCUCGGACCAGGAUCUCUUUCAUUUACACCAGCUGCUCUGGAUGGUGCCCAGUGAGCAGACAGCAUCACCGGGCCUCCCCCUGUGUUCCAGGCUGACGGAAGCCUCCCUGGAGAACCACCAGCUGGAGAACGACGCCUUUUCAGACAGGUCAGAGAAAGACACCAUCGAGGGGUCGGAGAACGAGACUCGGGAGAACAGCCGCAAGACCAACGACAGCGAGAGUGACCAGUCGGAGACCCCCGGGGAGCUCGGGCAGGAGAAAAAGGGGACCACGUACAUCGAGCAGAUCUACGAAGAGUUUGGGGAGACGGGAGAAUCGUCGCAGACGGAGACGGUCUCCGAAGAGAACAAGAGCCUCAUCUGGAUCCUGCUGAAACAGCUGAGGCCGGGGAUGGACCUGUCGCGCGUCGUGCUGCCCACCUUCAUCCUGGAGCCGCGCUCCUUCCUCAACAAGCUCUCCGACUACUACUACCACGCCGACCUGCUGUCUCAGGCUGUUCUGGAAGAAGAUCCUUUAACUCGUAUGAAGCAAGUUGUAAGAUGGUAUCUGUCCGGCUUCUACAAGAAACCCAAGGGAAUCAAGAAGCCUUACAAUCCCAUCCUCGGAGAGACCUUCCGCUGCUGCUGGUAUCACCCCCAGACCAACAGCCAUACUUUCUACAUAUCUGAACAGGUUUCCCAUCAUCCUCCCGUGUCUGCUUUCCAUGUAAGCAAUAGGAAAGAUGGCUUCUGCAUCACUGGAAGCAUCCUAGCCAAGUCCAAAUUCUAUGGAAACUCCCUCUCAGCCUUACUCGACGGCAAAGCGACCUUGACGUUUCUGAGUAGAGGGGAAGAUUACAUCAUAACGAUGCCCUACGCACAUUGUAAAGGAAUUUUGUAUGGCACCAUGACCAUGGAGCUGGGGGGAAAAGUGACUAUCGAGUGUGAGAAGAACAAUUACCAGGCAGAGCUGGAGUUUAAGCUCAAGCCCUUCUUCGGAGGCAACUCCGGCCUUAACCAGAUCUCUGGGAAGAUUAAAUCAGGAGAGGACGUUCUGGCCAGCCUUGAUGGACACUGGGACAGGGAGGUGUACAUCAGCGACCCAAAGAACGGCGCCAGCGACGUCUUCUGGAACCCGACGGCGGACAUCCGGAGGCAGAGGCUCAAGCGCCACAUCGUGCUAUUUGAGGAGCAAACCGAGCUGGAAUCAGAGAGACUCUGGCAGCACGUGACCAGUGCGAUCAACAAAGGGGACCAGGUGAAGGCGACCCAGGAGAAGUUCGUGCUGGAGGAGGAGCAGAGGAGGCGGGCCCGGGAGCGGCAGGAGGCGCUUCUGGACUGGAAGCCGCUGCUCUUCCUCCUGGACCCCAGCUCCCAGGAGUGGCACUACAAAUACGAGGACCUCAGGCCUUGGGACCCCCUCACAGACAUCGCCCAGUUUGAGCAGGACGGCCGGCUGCAGACGAUGGGCCGGCGCGCGCCCCUGAGACUGACCGCCCGGAACCAAGUGGCCCGACACAAGAGGACGGGAAAGGAGUGCCGGCUGCGCAAAGCCAGCGAUCAGCCCUCCAACCACAGCCAGAACACGGAGAGCAGCUGCUCCACCCCCGAGUCUGUGCAGGACCUGUCUGAUGAGGAAAGGGAUGCAGACUGUGAAAGUUCCUGCGCCCGAUGUGGGAAGGAGAACCAGCAUCUGAAGGAAAUCCAUACUGCAGUGUUGUCCCUACAGAAGGCCCAACAGGAUAUCCACAGGAACCUCACAGCUCUCAACAAAAAGUCUUUGUACAGGCGGGCACCAGGAAGCUUUCUGCACAGCUCACGCUGCUGGUUUCUACUCUGCGUGUUUCUGACGUGUCAACUGUUCAUUAACUAUGUCUUGAAAUAAAAGCACUGUAGGGGCAGCAGCCCAUGCACCUCCCUGCCGAUGAACACUGCCCCCACCCCAGGAGCCCGCCCUGCACGGGUGGGACCCCAUCCAGGGAGGCUGGGCCCCAGGCCCCGGGCACCACUCCUGGGCAGCGGGUGCCCCUCAAGGGGGCACAGCCUUAAUCGCUGAAGCCAAAUGUAGCUUAUCUGUGCACUUUGUUUCCUACGGCGGCUAGUCCUGGUCCGUCCGUCCGUCGUCCGUCUGCAUCGCAUGUGGUUCCUCCUCCAGUCCCCCACCCUGAGCGUAUGUGGGCUUCCCCCAGUUCUACCCAGACCCCCCGGGGCAGCAGGAAGGAGGAAAGCAAAGGGGACGGGAGCGGGCCUGGCCUGAGCGGGGCCUGCCGGCCGUCCUUUCCUCCGGCCGUCCUUUCCUCCGUCCUUCCUCCCCGAUGAGGGACAGCCGUUUCCGGAAGUGCAGAGGACCAGCUCACCCCGUAGAGCUCCUAACGGUGCACGGUAAUGCACAGUAAUGGUGCCCUGCCCGCCCAGCGCCUCCCCCUCGGGAAGCCAGGACCGGGAAGCCCAGACCUGAGCCAGAGGAGGCUCCGCACUCAGAGCUGGCUGGGCCCCAAGCCAGGCGUGGGCUCUGCCGCCGGCCGGCCUGGGCCUCGGGAUCCAUGUAGCCCCUGCUCUGGGGGAGUGAGGAGGGAAGACCUCCCGGAGUGAGGGCCGGGCUGCCCCCUGCUGGGGCCCCAGAGCCGCUGCGCGGCCCCUCCCUGCUGGUAAGUCUUGUUUUCUACCGUUUAAGUGGCCAUUCCCAAGUUCUGCCUCAGUCCAGGGAGCAAGUGUGGGGGGCGAUGCGUGUGAGCACGCGUGAGUGAGCCGUGUCUGUCUGCGUCCGUCCGUCCGUGUCUCCGCUCGCACACUUGCUCAGCCCCAGCCGUUCUCAGCCGGCAGCCGUGCCCGGGCCAGACUGUGGGCACCUCAUCGAGUCCGACCUGCGCCUCCUGCCUUUGGGGAAACGUGUUUCUGCUUGAUAAGUGACAAUAAACUGACCUACCACC